AUGGCGGAUAGACCUGUGGUGCCUAGUGAUUUAUUCCCUCAUAUCCUGCGCUUCCUGCGGGACAACCAGUUCACGGGCGCCGCCAGAGAGUUCAGCAAAGCCACAGGACUGAAAGAUAAGGACAACAGCCCUGCCAAUCUUGUGGAUAUAUACGGCGAUUGGCUAAAAUCACCUGCUUCUAAGAAAAGAAAACUUCUUGCUAAUAGCCUGCCCAGUAAAAAGCCUGCUAAGGAAUCCAGCAGUGAAGACAGUUCUAGUGAAGAUGAAGAGCCACCAGCUAAAAAGCCAACACCGACAGCAGCCAAAAAGCCAGUAACUAAAGUGCCUCCACAAAAGAAAGCUGAAAGCAGCAGUGAAGAUUCUGAUUCUGACUCUGAAGAGGAAACAAAGAAGCCUCCUAAAAAGACAACACCCCUGGCAAAGAAGGCAAAUGUGAAAACUCCUCCUCAAAAGAAAGCAGAAGAUUCGAGUUCAGACUCCAGCAGUUCAGAAGAUGAACCCCCCAAGAAAAAACAGGCUCCUCCGCCAAGUCCCCUGUGGUAAAGUCUCCAGCACAGCCGUCUGCAGCUAAAACAACUCCAGCAUCAAAAACCCGUAAAUCAGAUACCAGUAGCAGUGAAGAGUCAGAAGACAGCACACCGGCAAAGUCGGCUAUUAUACAUACUCCUGCCAAAGCUGCUGCAGCGAAAUCUCCCGCAGCAUCCAAACCUGCAGUGAAGAAGGUAGCAGGCAGCAAGAAAAAAUGCUCCAGCAGUGAUGAUUCUUCAGACAGUUCUAAGGAUGAAAAACCUGCAGCAAAAACUAAACCAAAGCCAGGUGCAUACAGUGCUGUACCUCCGCCUGCAUUUGACAAGAAAGAAGCCACUCUAAAGGCUACUCCCAAGGCAAAUGCUAAAAAAGCAGAAAGCAGCAGUGAUUCUUCAGACAGCAGUGAGGAGGAGCAGCCAGCAAAAAAAGCCACGGUCACACCAAGAAAGGCCCCUGCAUCAUCAACCAAACCUGUGGCAAAUAAAGCUAAAGAAGAGUCCAGUGAUUCAGACUCAAGUGAUGAAGAUGAGAAGACUGCUAAACCAGGAGUGAAAAAACUGCCUGGCAAGCCUGCUACAGUCACAGCUAAACAAAUUGUACCAGCUAAGGGUGCUGUUAAAUCUGUACAAGCAAAGAAGGAUUCCAGCUCCUCUGACAGCUCUGACUCAAGUGAUGAAGAAGAGAUGAAAAAAACUCCAGCUAAGCCCACAGCAAAAACUCCACCGGCAAAACCUGCCAAGCAGACACCAGUCAAAGCUGCCAAACUGGCACCAGCCAAAGCUGCUGCCAAGAAGGAUGUCAGUAGUUCUGAUAGUUCUGACUCCAGUGAUGAUGAAGAGAAGAAAAAGGCUCCAGCUAAACCAGCAGUGAAAACGACCCCUUCAAAGCCUGCGGCAAAAGCGGUUCCCGCCACCAAAAAAGACACUAGUUCUUCUGACAGUUCUGACUCUGACAGUGAGGAGGAUUCCACUAAGAAGGCUGCCAAUAAGCCUGCUCCAAAACAAGCUGCUGCAACAAAACCGGCACCUGCCAAGCAGAUAGAGGCUGGUAAAAAGAUGCCAGCUAAAGCGCUGACCCCAAAGUCUACAGGAACAGUAAAAAACAAGAUAACUAAACAGAGCAGCAGUUCUGAUAGCUCAAGCAGUGAAGAAGAAAAAACAGUUAAAACAGUUAAGUCACCAGCUGCCAAGAAACCGAUUCCUGUGAAUAAAACAAAAGCCAGUAGCAGCUCUUCAUCAGACAGCUCCGAUGAUGAAGCGAAACCUAAAAAAGCAGCUGUGAAAAAUGGAGUCAAGUCCGUCCCAAAGAAAAAAGAAAGUAGUUCUGAAGAGAGCAGCUCCGAAGAAGAUGAAUCAAAGAUAUCGACUACCUCAAAGUCCCCAAAAGCAGUUAAACCCGUCACCACUCCCAAGAGUGCAAAGUCCACACCAAACACUUCAGCCAAGAACGCUGAAGAGAGUUCAGAGGAAAGCUCCUCCAGUGAGGAAGAGGAGAAAGAAGUCAAAGUGAAUGGUAAUUCUGGAAAAAGAAAAAGGGAAGGUGAUCAGGGGCUGACACCAAACAAUAAGAAAAUUCAAGUGAAAACGCCAAACACGUUCCCUAAGGCUAACAAGAAGGAAGGUCAGAAUGUUCCAUUCCGAAGAGUAGUGGAAGAGGAUGUUGACGUUGACCCUCGAGUUUCUUGUAAUUCAUUUGAAGCAAAGAAAGGAUCAAAAGGAGACUGGGGCGAGAGAGCCAAUAAUGUUCUAAAAUUCACUAAAGGAAAAUCUUUCCGUCAUGAAAAGACAAAGAAAAAGCGGGGCAGUUAUUGUGGUGGUGCCAUUUCUACAUCUGUGAACUCCAUAAAGUUUGACAGUGAAUGA